AAAAACGUCGCAUGCGAAGGCAGUAGUAAAACGCUUUCGUGUCCAGCUGGUAAGACGAUAAGCGUGAACGCAGCGUCGUAUGGGCGACAUGAUGGAACCACGUGCCCGCACAGCGCGACUUCGAAUCGAAACUGCCACGCCACCAAUUCGCUCGAAAAAGUGAAGAAAAUGUGCGAAGGCAAGACCUCCUGCACGGUCACGGCGAGUCAUGGUAUUUUCGGUGAUCCCUGUGCAGGUACGUACAAGUACUUGAGUGUUGACUACGAAUGUACA